AGGGGUUUGCCGGGGAGUGGGGGCAGGCCCGGGAGACGCGCCGCGCGACUAGAGAGCAGCGCCAGAGCCAUGGCGCCCACGCAGCGCGCCGCCUGGUGCAGCAGCGAGGACUCGGUGUACGCCGACCCGCGCUGGGACGCCGGCCCCUCCUCCUCCUCCAGCUGCUCGGGCGCCUCCAGCCCGGCGCUGGACGGCUCGCAGUCGGACUUCUCGCGCUACCGGCCGGCGGCGAGGGCCGCGCGCUACCCUGACUCGCUGUCGUCUUGCGCGGCGGCGGCGGCUCGCUGCCACCUGGCGGGCGUCGAGGAGGAGGACUUCUGCAACGAGCGCUACCCGGCCGAGUGCUGCCUCGCCUCAGAGCUGUACCAGCACGACUGCUACGAGGAGAUCCCGCUGCCGUGCAGCCGCGCGUGCGAGCUGUACUCGGCGUCGCUGUCCCUGCGCCGCGGCCCGGCGCGCAUGCGCGGGGAAGAGCCCUCGCUGGUGUACGUGUACCGCAGCGGCUCGCGGCGCAGGAAGAUGGCGCUGCCCAAGAGCGCCGGCCGCGCGCUCGACUGGCAGGACAGCGCCAGGUGGCGGCGCUGGCCCAGCGUGAGCUGGCGUCCGGGCGACGCGAGCGACUACUACUUGGAGGACUACGAGGACUACCACCAGGACUACGAGGAGGCGGCGGCGGCGGUCUGCUCGCACGACGGCUACUGCUGCUGCUGCUCCUGCGUGUACGGCGCGGUUGGGGUGCUUCCCCCAUCGGCCCCAGCGGCGCCGCAGCACUUCGGCCUCAGCCGGUACGGCCACCUCAAGAUCGACUACUCCUGCAGCUGGGACUGCCUCGACAAGUACAUCGCCUCCGACUGAGCGGCGCGGUGUCUCUCGAGAGAAGCCUGAGAUGUACCUGCAUCGAGUUCCGUCCCUGCCCGAACACGCCCGAACAUUCACCUUCGGCCAACCUCGGGAUUCGUUUUAUUUUUGAGCAGGAAACAAUGAAUUCAAAUAUUAAAAGUGGUCGGUUAGGUUAGCCACAUUAAAACACUUUAAAACACUAUUUGACGGUUAGUUAGGUUAGCAUAGCUACGUUAAAAUAAACAGAGAAAUAUAAAUAUAUAUAAAAAUGAACCCGAGGUUGGCCGAAGGUGAAUAUUCGGGCGUAUUCGGGCAGGGACAGAACUUAAUUUACAUCUUAGGCUACCCGUGUGUGUCUCUCUCUCUCUCUCUCUCUCUCUCUCUCUCCCCCCCUCCCCCCAUCCACCCUCCUCCUGACCAGAACACAAGCUUUCUUUACGUUCACGGAAGAUUCCUUUCGGAAACCAGUUGCCAAGAAAUAGUUUAGAUUGCCGCCAGGAAGAUACUGGUUAACUUUGUACAACACACGGCACAUAUGAAAUACGGUUCCCCCCCCCCCCCCCUCUUUUUCGAGUCAAUGCUGAAUGUUUAUUUACAAAAAAUUGGCGCAUUGACGUCUCAUGUGAGGGUUGUACUUAGGUUUGUGAAUUUUUUACCUGACACCAGCAAAAUUCCCGGGUCCAAAAAAGAUGUUUCGUUCAUCAUGCGCAGGCAUUAUUUGCAAUCUCUCGACUGUCGCAAAAAAAAAUAACACGAAAUUUGCAGGUUUAUUAUAUUCGUGGCAUACACAGUUUCUACCUUGUUUUCGAGGUUACAAAACCUCGUUGAUAUUUUUUUUGUGUGUGUCCGGAUUUCAGUGCAAAAACAAUUGAGUUCUUUACUAUAAAAAUUAUAUACUGUGGUAAUAAUUUAAAAAAAAAAUCGUGUCUGUCCGAAUGUCUUUGUUACUGUUUUAUGUCACUGGGCUUUAGAAGUUCUUUUGCCAAAUCGUACAUCAAUAAAGACCAUAUGCGCUGAGGAAAAUAAUAUCGAAUUAACCAAUUAACAGCUUAAUAGGCUGGAAUUAUACUUUUUUUUUUCGUUUGCUUAUGCAGCCGUUAUUGGAUCAUGACUUAUACAUUAAAAUAUGCCAACUGGCACGACGAAAGUUAAUGCUAGACGUAUGUGCUGAAGACAUAAAAUCAGCCUAUGUAGUCAUUAGUCUUUGAACGAGCUUCCAAAACAGUUUGUUUGAGCGUGAGAUAGCGCCGUGAUAUAUCUCACAUAAAGCAGGACUAUGUUGGAUGCGGUUCACUGUAUUAUAAAAGUUGCACAACAAAUGGGUAUUUAUUAACUAAAGUAAGUCGCUACUUGUCGCAUGUCACAUAAAUCGCUCCGUUCCGAACUGUAAAAGAUUAGCGCUUUAAUGCUAAUCCUUCUUUAAUUAAUUUCUUAUUGCUAUUUCCUUUUGUUAGUAAUAAUAUGAUAAAAUUAUAUAUUUAAACUUAAGAUAUAUUCCUGCAACCAAAAUUAUUUAAAUGGGUAUUAUGUUUCAUUUGAACAUAUUAUUAUGUACAUAUGUUAGUGGAUAUUAUUAUUUUUCUUUUAAUAUUAUUUUAUAAGCGUAUGCACGCUUAAUUUUAGGACAUGUGAAUUGUAUCCUCUGUUUAUGUUGUUUUUUGUACAUGCACUUAUUGUAUAUUGUUGUUAUGGGAUUAUAUAUUAAAGAGUAUUUGUUUUCUGCUUA